AUGGACAAUACCCCACGAACCACCACAACAUUGCCGUUUCCCGGACCUCUCCCAGGUCCGCCCAUUCACGCCCGAGACCAGUACGCACACGGCCCUUCGUCUUUCAGGAGGCCGCAGGAUCAUUCUUCUGUCAUCCGAUCCCGAUCUGUUACCCACCAACAUCGCCACAAUCCACUAUCAUCUCGGUCAAACGUAGCACCAGGCUUCGCCAACUCUACCAACAGGAUGGAUCCACCGUUUAGCCAGUCGGCCGCGGACAUCCCUCCUCUCGAGGAGAUUGAGACGCUUGGAAGUCUUCAGUACAGUGACCAGACGAGGACAGAUGUCGAGAUAGGCAUCUCGGGUGUCGUUGAUAAGGGCUUCUUCCUGGCAGACAAUGAGUGGACCUGCUACCGCCGCAACUACUUCUCCUGCGUCUGCUCUUACUCGCUGACACCCUACAUCCCCAACGUCCCUGUCGAGGUCACGAUGCCGGGGUCCCGUCCUGCUACGGUCUGCGGCUUUGCCAUGGGCAUCUCGGCCGUCGUGGCUGAGAACAACCAACACAUGAUUGGUUUGGUCCAGCACACGCCAAAGCGAGACAAGGGGCCUAUAAAGAAACCGCCAAAGGUUCCGCUGAUGGCCAAGCAGGACAGCAAUGCCUGCCAGAUGGGCUACUUUGGCAACAGUGCUAUGCUAGGCCAGUCGGCCUUCCCCGACGGAUGGGUGGCGGCUGAGUCAGGUGGCGCCCCACAGACGGAGUGCACAUUUGAGCGCGUUCAGUUCAAGCAGGCGACGCAGAAUAAUGGCAAGCGCAGAGCCGCCCAGCAGUACUAUCAGCUCAUGAUUGAGCUCUACGCCAAUACGGGUUCGCCCAGCAACCCCAAUCAUGUCAGGAUUGCGUAUCGCAAGUCGGCCAAGAUGAUUGUUCGGGGUCGGUCGCCGAGCCACUACCAGAGCGACCGCCGCGGAAGCUCGAGCAAGCCUCCGCCGACGGGACCCGGACACACGCAGGCGUAUGGGCUCAUGGGUCCGGUCCGAGACUUCAACUCAAGCCACUUGAUGCAGCCCUAUGGCGGCUAUGACAGCCACGGAAGCAUAUACGGGGCCCCACGCCACACGCAGCAUACUCUCCCGGCUGAGACGAUGAUACCGCCCGAGGAUGAGAAGGCGAUCGAGAGCACCAAGGGUUACCAGUACUACCCAGGCCCCCUGUACCAGAACCCAGAAAGCCGGCUCGAGGCGUGGAGUCACCCGAGUGGUGCUGGCCCGGACACGAUACACGGGCACCACAGCCUAUCAGGCCUCGAUAUGAGCGACAAAGUCAAGGAUGAGUACGAGGCUGCGGCUGCCGACAAUAGCACUAACGACCAGGCCAACAACACGGCGGCGACACCUGCGACGGCCAACACGGCGAUCAACCCGACUCCGCCGGCCAAUUCCGGUCCCAUGCCCCAGGUAGUUCAAUUCUCGUCUCUCGAUGUCACGAUGGACCACUCGCGUUCGUGCCGGCCUUUUGUUGGGAAGCCUACGUCCAGCGGCUACUAUCCACACCACAUGACAACGCCGAGUCUGGGGGUGACGCUGCAAUAA